AUAUCUACUUAGUGGCUUUGGGGAGUGGAUCCAAAUUGUGGGCUGAAGGCUUUGCAUUCGUGCGUCUGGCACAUGACCGGUGCAUUAAACUGAAAACCACUUCUCGGAGAAGAAAAGCUGAUGCGGCAGAGUGAGUGCAUCAUACGCGGUACUGUAUGUCAACGCCAGAUAUGACCCCGCUGCAAAGGCGGUGGGAAGACAAGGAAGUUGACUCAACGAAUCAAGUGGCAGAAGGAUGCAAUCAUAGUGGAUGUAAACUAGUCGACAACUUUAUUUGCAACACUUGCUGCAAAUUUCUCAACAUUGCGCAUUUGGCUACGACCUGCAAGGCAGACAGUCCAAGAUAUUUCGUCUGUUUAAAUUAGUUGAUUAAAGCAACAGUAUUGUCUAUUUAGUUGCUGUUUUGAAACCCAUGCAAUUAUUUCAUAUUUCACAUGAUUUCCACUUUUAUCAAUAGGGCUAUUGAGCUCUCCUUUGUAUUGCGGCCGGUAGCACUUGCACGCCUUGCCAAAAUAAUGUGAGCAUUUGGAUUGUAUUUCACAAAAAAAGGGAAACGUGUCGCUGUAAUGAAGUUAAUAUGAACAUUUCGAAUAGUCUGCAAUGGUAACCGGGGAAUGUGGAACAACCAUGCAUCAAAUUCUGCGGAGGAGAAAAGUGCGCAAACUUCGCUUCGUCUGGGCAUUCAUGGCCAUGGUGGCUCUGUCGCUCUCCGCUUGCAGCGCACUGUUUACGGCGUGGACCUGGAGACAGACGCGGGACCUGUCACAGUCAUUAAAAACUCUGCAAGACCGAUUGGAGCAGGUGAAUACUCAGCGGAAGGCCAUUGUCCAACUCAUCAUGGAGAAGAGAGAUUUGCUGGUGGGCCAAAGGGUGAAGAGAGAUGGGGGAACUGGGAAAGGGAAGAAUGGACAUGGAAAGAAAGUGGCUUCUCAGUUUGAGAUAACCAAAGAGUCUGUUCAGAAAGUGGGAGAGGACGGCUUGAUAAAAGGAUGGACGGACUCCGAGCACUUGAAUAUGAGCAAGGCGGUGAAGUACAACGCAGACAGAGGCAUCUUCACAGUUGAGAAAACGGGAGUCUACUUCCUGUACUGUCAGGUGUUGUUCAAUGAGAACCAGUCUCAGCUGGUGAAGCUGGACGUGGCGGUGGUGAGGGGGAGCCAGCGGCUUCAGAGGUUACAGUGCAUGGAGGGCUACGGGACUACGCCUGCAGCCGGAUCACACCAGUUCCACUUCCUCAAACCCUGCCAGGUGUCCGGCCUGCUGCGGCUGGAGAAGGGGGUGGAGCUAAAAGCCAUCACAGGCCCCGCUUUCAACCUCCACAUCACGGGAAAGCAUUACUUCGGUCUCUUUAAGGUCAACUGAGCUACCGGAGAGGAUGGGCAUUUUAAAAGGAAGGAGGAGAAACCUGUUUUAAAGGAAGUGUUUUGUCUUAUUCCGACCUGUAUCGAAGAGACACACCAAUGUGAUAUUUCCGGAUUCGUUUUUAUUGUGAAAUCUGGACCAACGAUCUGAAUCGUUGGAAUAACUAUGAAUCAUGUUACCUAUAGACACUCUGUAUGAUACCUUUUCAAAGACAGAAACUACAAGGAAGAAAGUGAAACUAUAUUAUGUACUUCUGGACUCUCCAAGAGUUUCUACCCCUGCUUCUUUGAAGAUUUAAAACGAAUGGAAUAUUCUCUGAUGGAGCUCUUUUGGAGCACAACACAUCCACCUGACUCUUCUUUCACCGUGACUUGGCCUGAAGACUGCGGGUGCACCUCUCUGAGGAGCUACGCUGGUGGACUACUGAAUGAGAAGGAUUUUGGAUAAUGAGCUCUACAACUCUUGUCUCUUUUCCAUUGUAAUCCUAGCUUAGGUUGUUUCAGUAGCUUGGAGAUAAUUUAAGCAGCCCAACCCCCCCCUUCAGAACAGCCUCCAGUUCGUCAGGGCAUGAACUAUACAAUGUGUCAAAAGUUUUCCACACGGAUGUUGGCCCAUGUUGACUCCAAUGCUUCCCACAGUUGUGUCAAGUUGGCUGGAUGUCGUUUGGGUGGUGGACUGUUCUUGAUACACAUAGGAAUGUG